GGGGUUACACCGCUGCCUGUGGAAACGCAAGGCGGCCGUUUCUUGCUGGGGGAUAACCGAGUUCUUCCCGCCGAAAUCCCGCGAGAUUCGUUCCCCAUUACCGGCACUUUCUGACUGGAAGAGCCUCAUGCUGUGACAAGCCGGACAGAGCGCUUCCUGAGCCAAAAGUAGUGUACAGACAAGUGAGGGAGGGGAGGCCGCACCGUGCUGACAGCCAGCGCAAGACAGGAGGCCUUCAGUCAUCCGCUCUGUCAGGGGAGAGACCCCACUAGCUGGUGCCUGAGGAGAGGACACCUUCUGCCUAAGGACACCGCCUGCUGGACAUCUCCAUUGGACUGAGUGGAAGCCCCACCAAUGCUUUGUGAAGAGAGCCCUCACCCACUGCAGGGGCAGUCAGAGAGCUCACUAUGGUGUAGGGGCCCCGUGAGCAGCCUGUAGGUGGCCGGCACAUUCUGGACAAGUGACCACCGCGCCCUCCAUCGCCUCAGACACUACACGAUGAGCUUCUGUGGGACUAAAUGAACCUUUGUGAACCCUUGAACUUCUUAAGACUGUGAUUAAGGAAUAAUCUUCUUGGCGACCCCCAGAAACUGUGAACCCCUUCACCUACAGAGACGGCAAGCGGUGAAGGUGGAAAAGCCAUAAAGUUGUAGAAGACCUUGUUAUAUGGAGGGAGGGUAGCGCUGUUGACCUGCCUUUUCAUGCUGCCGACACGUUACCCCUAUGCCGGAGCAGUGACGUGUCUGUGAAUGACGGAAGAAAGGAGGUGAAGAGGGUUGUCGUCGUCUUAUAUCUUGGCAGAGUUUGGCCAAGGGAACUUAUUGCAUUUUUGUGGGGUUCACCCCUCCCCUCUCCCCCUUCCCCAUUUUUUUUCGGCAAAGGAAUGCCAAACCCAGUGCGGCAUGGGAACAAGAAGGAUAGCGGAGGGCCUGCAUCUAACAUGCCGCAAAGCAGUGGGAGCAGCAAUAACAAAGAACGUCAACGAGUGGGAACCAAGCACAAGCGACACAAGUCCAAGCAUCUCAGAGAUUCCCCAGGGACGCCCGAGCCUUUAGUCUCCACCACGCUGAAGCUGGUGGAGUAUGACGACAUUAGCUCGGACUCUGAUACCUUCUCAGACGACGUUUCUUCCAAACCAGAGAAAAGAGACAGCGAUGAGCGGCGAGGCUCUGAGAGGAGCGAUAAGACUCACAAAUCGCGUCAUCGUCAUCAGCACAAGAAGGUCAAAGAGUCUACCAAGACUAAGCAAUUGGAAAGGGAACGUAGACCAGAGAAAAGCCAGGAGACCACUGGGAGCAAGGUGACUGUCUCGAAAGAAAGGAUGUCAAGUGCAACCAAACGAGUGGUUGAGGAACAGGAAGAACAUGGACGCAGUUCAAAGGCCACCAACAAAGAGAUUCGAGUGUCAAAGAUGAAUAGAGAGAAAUCGCGUAGGGAGAGGGAGCUUAAAUCUGGUCACAAGGACCGGUCCAAAAGCCACCGCAAAAGGGACUCCUCUAAGCGUUACAAAACUUCUGAUAGCCCUAAGAGGAAGGGGCGGAGUCCACGUAGAAAAUAUGGCAGCAGCCCAAAGCAGGAUGACAGUCAUUCUGAUGCAUCAGGUGAGCAGGACUAUGAUGGAAGCCCACCUCGCUCGCAUGGCUCCAGUAACUACACUGAGGGAUACAAGAAAAGCGUGGACAGUCCUAACUACAAAGAGCCCUCUGCUUAUCAGACUAAUACCCGUUCCCCCAGCCCGUACAGCAGGAGGCAGCGUUCUGUCAGCCCCUACAGGAGGAGAUCUUCUAGUUAUGAAAGGGGAAGUGGCUCCUACAGCGGGAGGUCUCCAAGUCCGUAUGGACGCAGGCGGUCCAGCAGCCCUUUUGUGUCCAAGCGCUCAGUAAGCCGGAGUCCAUUGCCCAGGAAGCCAGUGAAAUCUCGAAGCAGGAGUCCCAUAUACUCAAGAAAGUCAUCAUCUUCUCGCAAGAAGCAAAAGUCUCAGUCCCGAAGUCGCCAUUCCAGUAUUUCACCUGCCCGUUUGCCGUUAAACUCCAGUCUAGGUGCAGAGCUUAGUCGCAAGAAAAAGGAGCGAGCACUAGCCGCUGCCGCUGCAGGUAGAGAUCCUAAGGGCAGUCCGUUAAUAAAGAGAGAGAUUGGCGAUGGGAAAGGACUGUCCAUAGUGGAAGCCAAAAAGAUAAUUAAAACUCUUAAGUUAGAGAAAUCUGCUUCUGAUACAGAACUGUUAGUUACAGCAAAUGCGGACAAGACUAUAUCUAGUUCCAUCAAGACAGAGGAGGUUGAAAAGAAACUCUUGAUACCAACCAAGGAUGUGAAAGUUCAAGUAGUAAAAGAAAACAAAUGUACCACCAUCAAAGAGGAGGUCUUAACGCCAAAAGAGGGAGUGUCGGACAAAGAGAAGGAAAAAGAUAUUCCUCCCCCUCUGCCUCCUUUGAAGUCUCCCCCACCUCCUUUACCUGCUUGUUCACCACCUCCUCCACUUCCACCUCUUCCUCCUUCACCUGCUGUUCCUCAGCAGCCUCCCCCGCCUUUACCACCUCCAGUCUCUUUGACAUUCCUGCCUCUCCCUGCCGUAGUGGCUACUUCAGUGACUCCCACCAGUCACACUCGGUCAUCAACUGCGUCCACUCAGGCCAAUUCCCAGCCACCAUCAGUGUCCACCUCUAAGCUGCAGCCAUUUGCUAACCUGGUUAUCCCUCACUUAAAAACUUCUACGCUUCCUCCAUUGCCGCUUCCACCAUUAUUAUUGGGAGAAGAUUACAUGGAGAGUCCUAUGGAAGUUAUCCCUUCCAAACCUGCCAAGAGGAAUAAGGAGCAAAGGCCUCGGUACCUUCUCACUGAUCUCCCAUUGCCUCCUGAACUACCAGGGGGGGAUCCAUCUCCUCCAGAAUCUCCAGAGCCAAAAGUUGUAACACCUCCUCAGCAACCCUUAAAGAAGAGACCAAAAAUUUGCUGUCCCCGUUAUGGCGAAAGGAAGCAGAAAGAAAUCGAUUGGGGUAAGCGCUGCGUGGACAAGUUUGACAUUAUUGGCAUCAUUGGAGAAGGAACCUAUGGCCAAGUGUACAAAGCCAAGGACAAGGACACUGGAGAACUUGUUGCCUUAAAGAAAGUGCGUCUUGAUAAUGAAAAAGAAGGCUUCCCAAUUACUGCAAUCCGAGAAAUUAAAAUCCUUCGACAACUUAUCCACAGAAGUGUUGUGAACAUGAAGGAGAUAGUCACCGAUAAGCAGGAUGCCCUGGACUUUAAGAAAGACAGAGGUGCCUUUUACUUGGUCUUUGAAUAUAUGGAUCAUGAUCUUAUGGGGCUGCUGGAAUCUGGUCUGGUACAGUUCUCUGAAGACCAUAUAAAAUCUUUUAUGAAGCAGUUAAUGGAAGGACUUGAUUACUGUCACAAGAAAAAUUUCCUACAUAGAGACAUCAAGUGCUCCAACAUUUUAUUGAACAACAGUGGGCAGAUAAAGCUGGCUGAUUUUGGACUGGCACGGUUAUAUAAUUCAGAAGAAAGCCGUCCAUACACAAAUAAAGUGAUAACUCUCUGGUACCGACCUCCGGAGCUGCUGCUGGGAGAGGAAAGGUACACCCCUGCCAUCGAUGUGUGGAGUUGUGGCUGUAUCUUGGGCGAACUCUUUACAAAGAAACCAAUAUUUCAGGCUAAUCAGGAAUUGGCUCAACUUGAACUAAUCAGUCGUCUCUGUGGAAGUCCCUCCCCUGCUGUCUGGCCAGAUGUCAUUAAAUUGCCAUAUUUUAACACCAUGAAACCCAAGAAACAGUAUAGACGACGGUUACGAGAGGAGUUCUCCUUCAUCCCCACCCCUGCACUGGAUCUGUUGGACCACAUGCUAACCCUGGACCCUAAUAAGCGUUGCACUGCAGAGCAGGCUCUUCUGAGUGACUUUCUAAAGGAUGUAGAUGUCCAUAAGAUGCCACCACCUGAUCUUCCACAUUGGCAGGACUGCCAUGAACUUUGGAGUAAGAGGAGAAGGAGACAGCGGCAGAGCGGCAUUGUUAUAGAGGAACCUCCUGCCAUUAAAGCUCCACGAAAGGAAAGUGUGUCGGCGCCUGCAGCAGACCCUAUCAAAAACAAUAGCCCUGCACCUCCUGAACCUGCUAAAGUGGAGACUGGAACAGCAGACUCGGCUGUUUUGGAGGAUCUCACACAGCAUCUAAACCCGAGUGAACUGGCUGUUCUGCUGAAUCUCCUCCAGAGUCAAACGGACCUCAGUGUUGCCCAGAUAUCCCAGCUCCUAAACGUUCAGGCCAAUCCAGACAUGCAGCAUCAGCUGGAGGCUCUCAACCAGUCAAUAACUGAAUUGACUACCACUGCUCAGACGGUGGAAUCCCAGACAGAAAAUGUAGCCCAAGAUCAAGCUGAAAUGGAAGGGCUGACAACUCAGGGAGAUGUACAGAAUGUUCUAGCUGUCCUGUUGAGCCAGCUCAUCAAACCUCAGGAGGUGGUGGAAGUCCCUGGGGAAAGCAAUGGAGAACAGAGCGGUGUAAAUCCAACUAUACGGUUAAGACCAGAGGAAGAAGAGGAAACCGCGGUGUUGGAAGAGGAUGACGCAGAUGGUGUCAAAGGAAGUAACCUUUCCCCAGCUUCUGAGCCUCGUAUCCUGCCGCCAGAAAAGAGACCACCUGAGCCACCGGGUCCCCCUCCUCCACCGCCUGUUUCAGAGGGAAAUGCUGCAGAUGCAAAUCCAGUGGUGACUACUGCCCCAGUGCAACUUUUUACUCAUUCUGAAGUGGAGCCAGACCUUGUGGAGGGGGUUAAAGAUGCUCACAGACUACCGUCAGACUUUUCCCGAAAACUAUCCUCCAGGACUUACAGCUCUGAGGGCCCAGAGGAUGUAUAUAAUGUAGAGUCUGAGGACAGAGACUCAGGGCAGCUGCUUGGGGAUGGUUCCCCUCAGUCAGUAACAAAAAGCAGGACAUUCCCAGCACAGCUAGGGGAAACAAGUGGUUACCAGGGAACAGGAUGCCUGCAAUUCCCAGGGGAUCAAGACCUCAGGUUUACAAGGGUCCCUCUAGGAAUGCACUCCGGCACAGUGCCUCCAACUGGACAAGUAGAGGGGAGCAGUAACAGUUCCCACCCUUACCAAGAAGCCAAAAUCUCCAAUUACAGUGAGUUGGGGUCGGGGACUGCAGCAGCAGGAACAAACCAGGCUUGGGCGGCCCCUUCUCAGGCUUUUAGCAAGGCAUUCAGAGCACCAACCCGAACACCUUCAAGAGGCGGACGGGGACGAGGAGUCCCUUACUAAAAUCCAUUGACGUUACCGUGAAACCUCCAUCCUUCCGAUCUGCUCCCUAAUAGGGUGACAGAUACAAUGUGGCUGAUUGUAACGGCUGCAACUAUUCUAUACCCGCAGAGCCUUGAAAUUUAGUUGGGAUUGCGAAAAAAAAAAGGGGUUGUGUGAGAAAAGUGGUACUGACUUGAGAAUGGUCCAUUGCUGCUCCAUGUGUUGGACACCUCAGUCUUUUGACAUGGUUUGUCCAUCCCUUACUCAUUUUCUAUUUUGGCUAUGUGACGGUUCAUCAGAAAUGGCAAGUAUCCCUGUUUUAGGUUGUGGAACACAGGUUAUGUGUUUUAAGUAAUCUCUUCUGCCACUAAAGGGCUCACCAUGCUCCUUCUGUUGCAUCUAGACCCUUAUGGCAAUUUAAGUGGUAAGUGGCAUCGCUCAGGAAACUGGAACUAGAGCGACGCCACAUCAAUGCAGCUGGCUGUGUAAAAAAUGUUCUCAUUUUUAUUUUCUUGUGUCAUGAACUGCUGGGUGAUACAUGCCCCUCACUGUCCUCCAAUCAGCACCUCCUUGUUUUCAAUGUACCUCAACUUUGGCAAAGAAUCUCCUGACCUUAGACUGGCGGUGGACAGGUGGUAUUAUUCUUAUGCCCUGUUGUGUUUGUAUAAAUCUAUACUUUUUUAAGUUUAUUUUUUAGGGCUAAAUAGGCCGUUGCGACACAAAAUCUGUUUUGUUUUGUUUUUUUGCCCCACCCCCUUUUUAUAUUCCCCAAACACUGCAAAUGACAGUGAUUUUUUAUUUUUUUUUGUUUAAUCUGUCAAAGGGCCUAGAUGAAUAAAUACAAAUUACCAAAAGGAAAUCCUGUGUUUUCCAUGGUUACCAAGUGAUUUUGCUGUUAAGAUCCUGUACUGUUCUUUUGCUGUAAUGAUAAACUGCAUACAUGGUACUCAUCCUAGACUCCUUUUUAGUAA